CGAACCGGCAGCUUGUAUAAAAUACGUGACUGCCGGGUUCGUCGUGAUGAAAAUGACGAGGUUGAUCCAGAUUACAAGUACUUGUACGUUUCAUUUUCAUGUCAUGUUGGUCGACGUCGACGAUCAGAAAGCAGGCACCUGAGAACAUCACA